AUGCACCUUGGACUUGUCUCAUCUUCCGUCCAAGCUCAGGAGGAGGAGGAGGAGGAGGAGGAGGAGGAGGAGGAGGAGGAGGAGGAGGAGGAGGAGGAAGAGGAGGAGGAGGAGGAGGAGGAGGAGGGUGAAGGGGCGGAUCGAGGGGGGGGAGGCACUACGAGGGGAGGGGAAGGCGCCCACGAGGGGGCGCAGGCAGCGCCGGUGGAGCAGGCGGGGCAGGGGGUGCGGGAGGCGCCGGUGGUGCUGGCGGACUCGGGCUAG